AUGUCAAAAGACACAUCAAAACUAAUUAAUAAUGCUUUGAAUGUCUUAUCUAAAUUAGUCGAGACAGAUACAAAUAUAUCAACAAUUGAUUUAAAUUUAUUAGAAAAUUUAAACACCAAUCAAUCAUUAAAUUAUAUAAAAUUAGAAAAUGAUUUAAACAACUUGGAGUCAAACAGUAAACAGUUGGAGAAUUUUAAAACUGAGAUUGAUAACCAUACCAAGGUGUUGGGUGAAAUUGAAGAAAAAGUUCAGAAAUUAGAAAAUAUUAUUAAUGAAUUAGAUGCUUGGUCUAUUGAGUUAGAGGCCGCUUCAAAAAAAUGA